GGGAUCCAGGCGGCUCGGAGCCGUGAGGCCACUCACAGCGGAGGAGGCGCUGACGGGACAGUCGCACGAGCCAACCGCAGCCGGGGCCCCGCGGGCUGAGCUGGGCGGAGACUUGGCGCACUGCGCUUGCAGUUCUAAGAACAGUUGGAAUUGGCUAUGGAUAAUUCAUAUGAUUUCAAUGAACAAGGUUCACGGAAUGGAAUCUCAUCUGGGAAGAAAAAGAAUUUCCUUGCGUCAGAAGAUCAUGGACAGAAAAUUUUAAGUGUACUACAGAGUUUUAGAGAACAGAAUGUCUUUUAUGAUUUCAAAAUAAUCAUGAAAGAAGAAGUAAUCCCAUGUCAUCGUUGUGUGUUGGCGGCAUGCAGUGACUUUUUCAGGGCUAUGUUUGAAGUAAACAUGAAAGAAAGAGAUGACGGGAGUGUUACCAUUACUAACUUGUCCUCCAAAGCAAUAAAGGCAUUUCUUGACUAUGCCUACACAGGAAGAGCAAGAAUAACAGAUGAUAACGUGGAAAUGUUCUUCCAGUUGUCAUCCUUUCUUCAGGUUCCCUUCUUGUCCAAAGCUUGCAGUGACUUUUUAAUAAAAAGCAUCAGUCUCGUCAAUUGUUUGCACUUGUUAUCUCUGUCAGACAGCUAUGGCUCUACCCAUUUAUUUAGUCACGCUUUAUGCUUUGUGCAACGUCACUUUCAUUUGUUAUUUAAAUCCAGGGAGUUUUUGGAGAUGAAUUUUGGAGUGCUGGAAAAAUGCCUGGAGUCAGAUGAGUUAAAUGUACCUGAAGAAGAAAUUGUCCUGAAGGUUGUCAUCACAUGGAUUAAAUACAACUUAGAGUCCAGGCAAAAGCACCUGCCUCACUUGAUUACAAAAGUCAGGUUACAUCAGUUAUCCGAAGACACACUUCAAAAUUAUCUGCUCAAUGAGGAGUGCUUACUCAAAAGCACAAACUGUUUUGACAUAAUUGUGGAUGCCAUUAAGUGUGUACAAGGUUCUAGUGGCCUCUUCCCUGAUGCUCGACCAUCCACAACGGAAAAAUAUAUAUUUAUCCAUAAAACUGAGGAAAAUGGAGAAAAUCAAUAUACAUUUUGCUAUAAUAUUAAAACUGACUCAUGGAAAAUACUGCCACAAUCACAUCUGAUUGAUUUGCCAGGAUCCAGUUUGUCUAGCUACGGAGAGAAAAUAUUCUUGACAGGUGGUUGCAAAGGGAAAUGCUGCAGGAAGGUUCGACUUCAUAUUGCUGAGUCUUACCAUGAUGCCACUGACCAGACCUGGUGCUACUGUCCAGUCAAAAAUGAAUUUUUCUUGGUUUCAACCAUGAAAACCCCAAGAACCAUGCAUACAUCAGUCAUGGCUCUCAAUCGUUUAUUUGUUAUAGGUGGAAAGACUAGAGGAUCCCAGGACAUUAAAAGUCUCUUAGAUGUUGAAUCUUAUGAUCCACUAUCCAAAGAGUGGACAUCGGUUAGCCCUUUACCCAGAGGCAUCUAUUACCCAGAAGCCAGUGCAUGCCAGAAUGUCAUUUAUGUUCUUGGAUCCGAGGUAGAGAUUGCAGAUGCAUUUAACCCAUCACUUGAUUGUUUUUUCAAGUACAAUGCCACAACUGACCAGUGGUCUGAACUCGUAGCAGAGUUUGGGCAAUUCUUUCAUGCUACUCUAAUUAAAGCUGUUCCAGUAAACUGCACCCUGUAUAUAUGUGAUCUUUCCACCUAUAAGGUGUAUAGUUUUUGUCCUGAUACUUGUGUUUGGAAAGGAGAAGGCUCUUUUGAAUGUGCAGGCUUUAAUGCUGGUGCAAUUGGGAUUGAGGAUAAGAUUUACAUAUUGGGUGGAGAUUAUGCACCAGAUGAGAUCACAGAUGAGGUACAGGUUUAUCACAGCAGCAGGUCAGAGUGGGAAGAGGUGUCACCAAUGCCAAGAGCCUUAACUGAAUUUUACUGCCAAGUUAUUCAGUUCAACAAAUAUAGGGACCCAUGGUUUUCUAAUCAUUUCUAAAAGUAGUAUUUGCAUGAGUGGUCUAAAAUGAUGCCUAGUACGAUUAGUAAAAAAGUAUUUGUGUCAGCACAAUAAAAUAGUCCUUUUAUUGAAGAAUGGCCAUAGAUGUAUGCUGUCUAUAAGUAGACAGUUCCCAGAAAAUUAAAAUACAAAAUAUAUUUUACCAAAGUUAUAUUGAAUGUAAUUAAAUAUUGAAUAGUUCAUAAUGCUUAGUAUUAUUUCAUGUAAAUAAAAAAUUGAAGGUUUUGGCACGUUGACUUUAAGAUAAAAGAUGCUAAAAAAUCAGUGUUCAUAAAUGUGUACCAUGUAGAAGGGAGAAAUAUGUUUAAGAAGUGAAAAUGACAUAUCGCCACAUUAUGUGACAAGAACAUAAAUUAGAAAUAGAUGAGAAGCUCACAUUGAACACCGAAGGUCUAAGAAUUAUUGAAUCUCUAUCCUUUUCUGCCUGCUGGUUAAAAAUAUUUCAUUUUACCUUUGUUCUGGUCAGAAACUUUCUGAAAUACAUUUCUCCACCCAUCUGCCCAAUAUACUGAGGAUAGUUUGGCAUUAUUCUUAUGGUAUAUGAUAAAUAUUAUGUAUAUGUAAUAUUUUUGUUAUUAAUAGCAUAUUGAAGCACAUUAUGGUGCUAAGCCAUUGAGGUUACUUUUCUUUUGCUUGCUGGUUUAUUUGUUUUCAGUAUCAUUUUGAGACAGCUUUUAGUACCAUGAUAGCUUCCAUUUUCUUGUUCAAAUUUGGUAAAUUUACAUUUUCUUAACUGAAUUAGCAUCCUAAAUUGCACCAAGCCUGAAUGUGUCUUAAUAUAUAACCCACUGAGUAAUAUCCUUGCAAUCUGAAAUGGUACUUUUAAAUGCUCUUUCUGAAUCAUUAGUGCCUACUCCCCCAACACAGAGGAUAUAGAAAUUUUUAUAUCUAGGGAAGUUGGUCAUUAGAAGGAGGUAGAUUUCUUUCUGACCUCUUUAUACAUGUUUGUCAUUAUACUUUAGUUCCUGUUCAUCUCUCCCACUGCCUCCAUAUGUCCCCACUACUCUAGCUGGUUUCUUCCUGCCAGAUAGUCCCCCUUUUGCUUCCAGGCCACAAGCAUUCUGCUGCCCUUUCUUCUCCUCCCUUAAGACCUUUUCCUUCCUUCACAGUCACCUUUUCACUUCCGGGUCUCACAAACACACACUGUAGACAUGCACAGAUUCAGAAACAAAUCUAGAUUCUGUAUGAAAGAAAACAUACAAUUUUUGUCUUUCUGGGUUUGGCUUAUUUCACUUAGCAUAUUGACUUCUAGUUCCAUCAAUUUUCCUGCAGAUGCCCUGAUUGCAUUCUCGAUAGCUGAAUAUGAUUCUGUUGUGCCAUAUUUUCUAUAUUCAUCCGUGAUGGUCAUCUAGGCUGAUUCUGUUAUCCUGACUGUUUUGAACAGGGUACAGCAAUAAAUGUAAUGUUCACUGAGAAUCCUUUUGCAAGAAUAGCCACAGUAAGAAUAGUACAGUAAGAAUCCAUGGUUUAAUUAGCACCUAACCAGUUUCCUGCCAUGGGUUCUAAUUGUAAAGUUGUUUUACAACUUUAGUAAAUUACUCCAAGUGAAUCACUCAAAAAAAAUGACAGGACUUCUAAUAUCAGUAGUUUCAAAAUCUAGGUCUUUGUGGGCUUCAACCAGAGCAUGACCAUCGUUUUUCCUGAGCAGGGUUGUUCUGCUUGCAAGAGACAUACUGUUUAAUUGCUCUAAAAGAUAUUCCCAUUUUGUGUUUUAAGACCCCUGAUUCACAUCUCAGGAAUUAUGUAGAUUGCACAACUGAGAAUUAAUGUGGUUUCCUAAGCUACAUUAUAAAUAUUCAUUUGUAGUAAGUGUAGAAUUAAGACUUAUCUAAAUGAAAGUUCUUUGAUUGUAUCACAUAUUUAUGCAAACACAGAUUUUAGAUGUAUUUUCAAAGCACAUUUGCAUGCAGCUUCAAAGUCGGACAGGGGAUGUCAGUCACAAGGUGUUCAGUACAAUCAGCUCUUUUUGAGCACGUAGACAGGUGGCUCUGCCCUUUCCUUUUGUGUGUACUUAAGAAAAAGAAAACUCAGGAGAUGCUUCUCUGGCAUUCUUUGAGAAAGUAACAAUAAGUGACCUAUGUAUUCUUAAAUAAUGUCGGCAAUGAGCCUAGGAAUUACUCAUUUCUUUCAAAAAAAGAGAAACUAAACUAAAUCCCUUCCCAACUGUGUUACAUUAUCCAGUCCUUAUAUUUUUCUGCUAAUCUCUAUGGUAAUGUCCCUGGACAUCAAGGCCCGACUGGUCUACUGUGGAUUUGUGGUCUUUGCUUAUGCUGGUUUGGGACCUUAGUUGUAUUUCUGUGCUUGCUUCAUUUCUUACCAUCUCUGUAAAUCUAUACCUUGUCCUCUUUUAGAGUUGUCAUUAUGAAGAAAAUACUAUGUCCAGUAUAAAACAUAGCCUCUUCAUUCCUUUAUCACCACAAAAGGCUUGGCUCAACUAAUGUCUAAUUUUGUAUUUCCUUGUCAUGCUUUCAUUUCACCUAACUGCCCCUAAGGGGAAAAAAGGUUCUGUGUUCAAUCUCCAGGACUCUAUCCUCAAUGGCUCCUUUGUUCCAUGACUAAACUGGUAUAUCCAGUGGUCUUGCCAGUCCCUGUGGCCUCGAUACCUAAGAACAGAAUUAUCACUCUGGCUCUCUUCAUUCUGGUUUUCUAAUAUACAAAUCUCUCUGAUUUCUGAGGUCUGUCCUCAGAAUAUAGCAUCCUUUUAUGACAUCUUCCUUUAGUCCUUUUUAUUUUCUUUUUAAAGUCACUUUUCCUUUCAUGUUGACCUUCAGCCAGGACCACAGUGUAUUGGCCAAAUAAUUGGACUCACUGUCCACAAUGCUGUCAUUCCUGCGGGGGAGAAAAAAUGUUUAACACUUCUCUGUUAUUUUUUGUCUUGCUUUACCUCAUUAGGAGUAUGUGUACAGAAAUAUUUGAAUAUUAUCUCCUAAAAUUGAAGGUAGUAUUAAAUAUAGAACUAUAGAAGGAUUAACAUAAAAUAAAUUCAGAGUUAGUGGACAUUCUAGUUGUGAUCUUCAAACAAGUUAGAAUGUGGUAAACCUUUGUUCAUGUACGGUCUUGAAGAAGAGUAUUUGCACAGUUAAAAUUAGAAUCCCGUACCCCUCAGCUCUGUGUUGGUAGGGAAAGAAAUAUUUAUCAUAGCAGGUUCAUUGCAGACUACCCAUGAAACCUGGAUUACUUGAGGGCAACCAUACAUUGCAACAAAAUUCCAUUUUUUCAUUGUGUUUAAUUUGACAACCAAAAUCUAAGACAGACAGAUCUGUUUGAUAUCUUCAUAUUUGAAAGCAUUGAAUAUUGUGAUGACUAUAUACAUGCUGAAUAUAGGAUAUUACUUUGGGAUCUUUGUUCUCACAUUGAUUGAAUCUUAGUUCUUGAAAGUUUCCUUCUUUAUUUGAGAUUAAAGUAUAAGUUUUUAAAAUGUCUCCAAGAAAGCAACUCCAGAGGGCCCUUCAAAUUAAGAGCUAGACUUUACAGGAAAACAGACCUCUGUUCACUGUAGGAAGCAAUCAUUGCACUUUAUAAGGGUGAGACUAUUCCUAACACAUUUUAACUCUUCAGAUCUCAAUUGGUUUACAUAGUUGAGAUUAAAAAAAAAAACUACUCAAUUUUAUUGAAGGGAAAUUUUCUCUUUCCUUCCUCUCUCACUCCUCUUUCUUCCACCCUUCUUUACUUCCUUCUACCUCUCAGGAAGAGCAUCUAACUGAGUAAAAUCAUAAAGACCAGAGCUGAAACUUGUAUAAAUUGUUGUUAUUUCUCUGACACAGUACUUAUAUAAACAGAGGUGGCGAUUGUCUGCCCUUAUAUCUUAAAAGUGUGUUUUUAGCUUACAUUUGGUAACCUAAGGCCUACUCAAAUUCAUACCAAAGUAGAGAAUUUAAUCACAGGAUGAUACUAAUGUUCAUUUACAAAAUGUUAACUCUUCUAAGUUAGAGAUGUGCAUUCAAAGUGAAAAUAAUCUUAGAACAAAAUAUGAAGAAAAUCUUUCAACUUAAACAUUUCAGACAUAAUGGUUUUUGUCUUAGAGUUUACAGUUAGAUGCUUUCAUGGGCAAAGAAAUACUAUACUAUACUGAUUCCAAACAGUUACCUUACAAAGUGCUACUAACACUGAAAGUAACUUUGCCAACUGUGAUGAGAACUUCAGUUCUUGCUUUAUGGUUUUCUCUGCAUGUCAGUCAUUCAAGUACUUGGAGCACACCCUGUCUCUUGUUGCUGCAAAGUGUAUCCUCAUUUUCCUUCUUAUUUAAGAGCUCAACACAUUGACUUCUCCAUCAGUGGCCAAUCUGCAUGAUUUCUCUUUGAUAAAGUUGCCACAGAGAAUUUGUCUUCAUUGUUGUGCCAUAUUGUUGGGUUGAGCCUGGCAAGCUUCGUAGAAUCUUUCAUAGGAGGGUUUUACCUUACUGUCGUGUGCCAGUGAACUUGGUGGUUCAAACAUUUCAUUCUUGUCUAGCUCUCUAUGUCUUAGUAGUCCUGUAGUCCUACAGAGUGUAGAGCAGUGACUCACAGGCUUUAUGGUUUGCAACCUCUUUGGGAAUCGAACCACACUGUCACAGGGGUUGCCAAAGACCAUCAGAAAACACAAAUAUUCACAUUAUGAUUCAUAAUGAGCAAAAUUACAGUUAGGAAGUAGCAACAAAAUAAUUUUAUGGUAGGUCACCACAACAUGAAGAACUGUAUUAGUGGGUCACAGCAUUUGAAAGGUUGAGAACCACUGUUGUAGAGCCUUCUAGAGCCUUAUUGUGUGUCCUGUGUACCCUCUUCCCAUCAGUAUCUUUGUGAACAUAUAUUUUGCCUGGAGAAUUUAAGUGUAAAAUUUUAAUAACAAUUUUUGUUAUUAUAUAUGGUUUUUAAUAUUUUAAAACUCAUCCAGAAAGUCUAUAAAACAUGGAAAUCAUAGAUAGCAAUUACAUUAUUAAGUGGAGAACAAUUUACUAAGAUUAGUAUAGACAAGCCCUAUGAUAAUCACAGCAUGAUAUUUUCAUACAACAAAGCCAAAAUUCCAUAAUUAACAAACAUGAAACUUUAUUCACCUCAUUAAGAAUGUUCCCAACCAUGUAGGUCUAACUAGCUCAACAAAUUGUGUGAUUCUUAAGGGUAAUAAAGUGGCUGAAAUAACUGAGUACAACCCUCUAUUAAUAAGUAUCACAAUAAGUAUUUCUUUAUAUUUCUUAUCUACCUGGAAGCCCACAAGGACUGAGACAACUUCAUUUUAGGACUCAGCAAUUAGCACAGUGCCUGUCACAGAAACCUGUCCAAUAAACUAAUUCUGUUGAGCAAUGCAUAUAUGUAAAGCAAAUGUAUUCAUCAAUUAUGUCAUCACUGAAUGUGUCUUAUUGUUUCCUGAAGGUAAUGUUAUAGCUUCUGAGUAAUUCUUAGAAAAAUUUUCUGAAAAUAAUGUUAUAGCAUCUCUCCUGAUGGUAAUAUUAUAGCUUCUAAGUAAUUCUCUACCUAUUUUUCAGGUAGGUGAUUAUUUGUUUUCAUUCAUUUUAACCAUGAUAGUAACUGUAACAGCUAAUCUUGUGUUUCCUUUAAGUGGCAAUGAUGGAUAAGACACUCAGUACAAAUUCUGUUAAUACAUUUGGAACCCCCAUUUCUAAGUGUAAUUGCUUCAGGGAAAUUUUUCCAGUGGGAAGAGGUAAUGCCCAAUGCUAUUACUCAGGCAACUUAUUUCAUUUCUUUGUUGGUGAAAUGCAGGGCUUCUACCAUAUGCUAGGAGAAAGUCAACAUUUUUCAGGUUCGUAUUAACCUUAAUAAUUAUGUGGUAAAAAUCUCAGUUCUAUAAAAUUUUGAUUUAUUAAAAUCUGUCACAGUUCUCUGUAUUAUCAGAAAUAAAAGACAGAAAAAUGAA